UCUCUAUACACACGUACAGAACAACCAGUGUAUAUCUACGCUUUUUAGUUCUCGUUCGAACAUUAUACGUACGAAACUGGAACAUCGAGAGGGAUUUCGUCGAAUCUAGGAAUCUAGGAAAGCGUAGAGACGCGGCAUCGAGACGUGGAUAAAAUUAGUUUACAAUUAUCAGGCUUAAUUAACUGACACAUGAUAAUAAUAGCCACUUUAUACAACGUACACCACAAAAUUAAUUAAAUACGAGGCUAAUUAAAUUGCGAAACGAAAUUACGUUUAAUACAUUCCCAUACUUUAUAUUUAUAGACACUGGAUGAGAAUGACAUCUCUAUGAGAAUAUCUCUAUAUCAUCGAACAAUCAAGUUUUCACGAGGAUUCUCGUUAUUUUACAUAUUAUUACACUCGAUUGGUAAAAGGUUUGCGUCGAGAUGGGAUACUCGAUUGAUCGGUACACGACGAUGGGAUUAGAAAAGUAAAAGACUGUUUCCUCGGGAUGAAGAAGAAGAAGAAGUAAAAGGAGGAGGAGAAGAGAAAGAGGAGGACGAUGCGGAGGAGGAAGAGUUGGCCUAGAAACAGUGGUUCGUCGCUGUGCUCUCUACCGUUUGGCUAGUCGUCACCGACGAUGAUGGUAAUGGCAAAUGGCCCAUGGAGAGGCUCUCCGGUCCGCGCCUCCACUGGAAACGGGAGCACGCCACGUGAAAGUAGGAAGGGGAGGCUAUAGCCGGACCGUCGUUGCUUCGUGCGGCUCAGUCGUUCGUAGACCUCGAAGGACGAUAGAGGUCGAAGAGGGCACUUCCUCCUCUCCUUCCUCACGGCGCCACCACCUCACCUUCUCUCCCAUCUUUCCGCGCCUUCGGCAUCGAUCCUUCUUCUUAACCACGGUGGCAAGAGCACGGAACGUCGUCUGCCCGCAAUAAGAUAAUCGUCCGACCAUCCGCCCGCCACGCUUGCGAGAAAAUUGACUUAUAACGACUCAGUUGAUACACGAUCGUGGUAAAAAGGUCCGAACAAGGAUCGUCGACACCACGAAGGAUGCAACGUCACAUCUCGUUCCUCGUUGGGAUCAUCUUGCUGUGUUGCCUUCAAGAUUUAGCGAUCGGCGCUUGCCCACGAAUAUGUCCGCCAAGCGGAGAGCCAGUAUGCGGUAGCGACGGAGUGAUCUACGCGUCUCAGUGUGAAAUGCGGAAGAAGAUGUGUGGAAAAGGCGUGACCAUGGCGACGGAGAAGACCGCUUGUUUAAGAUCGUCCGGAAGCAAGUGCGAGCAUCGAUGCCCCGGCGAUCAGGAUCCCGUAUGCGGAACGGACGGCCGUACCUAUUUGAACAAGUGUAUGCUCAGAGUGGAGAUCUGCAGAGUCGGUAUCGAAUUGUCGCAUCUGGGCCCUUGCAACAACAUCUCGGCGCACAGGGAAAACUGUCCUGUCUCGUGUGAUUUUGCACCGCUCGACGGGCCCAUCUGCGGAAGCGAUGGCAACGUUUACAAAUCCACGUGUCAAAUGAAGUUACUCACCUGCGGACAAGGCGUUGUACGUACGAACAAGAAGCAUUGUCAGACCACGAGGCAUUGUCGUGAAUCGUGUUGGCGCGGUGCCAAGCCAGCCUGCGGUAGCGAUGGAAUCCUUUAUUCGAAUACCUGUAAAAUGCGAGCAAAGAAUUGCGGCAAACACGUGUUCGAGGUGCCGAUGUCAUAUUGCGUGUCGCUCGAGCGGACAUCUGGCGGCCAAACUAACGCUUGUCCCUUGGAUUGCAAAAACGAGCCAGAAGUGCCAACCUGUGGAUCAGACGGGAGUAUAUAUAGGAACGAAUGUGAGAUGCAAAUGCUUAAUUGCGGGCAAGCAAGAAGGAAGGUGACAGUGGUAGAUUUUGAAAAAUGUAAAAGCCGUUUGACUAAGUGCACGAAACAGCAGCAAAGGUGUGGAAACGAUGUGGAUCCAGUUUGCGGAAGCGACGCGAACACGUAUCCGAAUCAAUGUCACUUAAACGUGGCAGUAUGCUUGAAGGGCAUUCAAUUGGCUCACGUUGGAGAAUGUACGACCUUGAAAGAAACCGAACAGUGCCCUGAAGAUUGCAGCGAGGUACCCGAGGAACCAGUUUGUGGAAGCGAUGGCAACGUUUAUCGAUCUCUUUGCCAUCUACGACGCGAGACAUGCGGUCAGAGGGUGGUUCAAGUGCCAGCGCAACAUUGUCGUACUACCGCGCUUUGCAACCAGAUCUGUAGCGGAGAACGCCAAUUUGUUUGUGGUUCCGAUAACAAACUUUAUCGUAACGAAUGUGAGAUGAAAAGGGACAAUUGUGGGAAACACGUGUAUGUAGUGCCCAUGAAGAGAUGCGUACAAGGCUUUUUAUUCCGUGGUUGUCAAAAAAUUUGCCCACCCUAUUAUGACCCUGUUUGCGGUACCGAUGGUAUGACUUACAGCAAUGAAUGUUUUCUGGAAAUCGAAAACUGUCGCAGUCGAAGCAUAGUCACGAAGAAGUAUCAUGGCGUAUGCGGUCAACCAACUGAAGAACCUAAGAACUAUUUGUAUUAGUUUCAUGAAAUUCGAUCUAUUUGCAUUUUUGUUGUCUCCUUCUCUAUCAUUUUUUCUCUCCAAAAAAAUAUUUUCUUAAAAAUGAUCGAUAUUAUUUUAUAUAAUCGAAUCAAAUUUUGAGUAAUUUUUAUAUCUGUUCUUUUUUGAAACGGAAUUUUAGUACCAUUCUCUCUUUUCGAGAGAAAAAUUAUUCGAUCGAAAUUGAAUUAAAUUGCUCUUAAAUUGCUCAUUUGAACAACGUUGUAGUUCGUAGACAACAAGUGAUUUUCACAGUACGCAUGACAGCCCUUAUCGUACGCGCAAGUAUCCAUGAAUUAUCAAAUUUUUAUAUUUAUUUCGUAUUUUUUAAUUGAAAAUGAUGGAUUCUUGCACGAUAUAUAUAUUUUACAUUUAUAAUAGGAAUUUCGCGACGUUAAAUCAUGCGUUUGUGUUCGUUUGACAUCUUCGCACAUUACUCGCUGAUUAAUUCAUUUUUAUUUAUUUUAGUAUUAUUCUUAAUUAUCAUAUCAUCCUUUCAUCAUUUAUCGCUAAUACUACGUAACACGAAUAGUUCCAAAAUGCAUUUAUAUUCCAAUUAUUAUAAGAAAGUACAUAUUUAAUUAUUAUAUGUACGUAUAUCCCUCUUUCUGACAUGUGAUUGUUUAUACCAUAAUUAUCUUAUCAUUGUAUACUUUUAUUUAUUCAAUCAAACAUUUGACAAUCCUUUUUGUAUCGAUAUUAAUAUACAUGCUUCAAAUGUCAAUAAUAAACUAUAUAUGGAUAUUUUUAGGUAAAAAA